CGGCAUUUCGGUUAAGUACAAUACUGAACUACUUCGCUUGAUCACAUAAGCUAAUCAAUUGGAGAAGAAGGCGAAGACAGUGAAAGUCACAAUGAAGGCAAUAGUGAUAACAACACCAGGCGGUCCUGAAGUUCUUCAGCUGCAAGAAGUGGAAGACCCUUGCAUUAACGACGAUGAAGUUUUGGUCAAAGUCGAAGCCACCGCUCUGAACCGGGCCGAUACUCUUCAGCGAAAAGGCGCCUAUCCACCACCCAAAGGUGCCAGCCCAUAUCCAGGUCUCGAAUGUUCCGGCACUAUAGAGGCCGUCGGUAAAAACGUCUCCAGAUGGAAAGUUGGAGACCAGGUUUGUGCUCUACUUACUGGAGGAGGAUAUGCUGAGAAAGUUGCAGUUCCAGCUGGACAAGUUCUUCCUGUGCCCUCUGGUGUUUCACUCAAAGAUGCUGCUGCUUUUCCUGAGGUGGCAUGCACUGUUUGGUCCACUAUUUUUAUGACCAGUCACCUAUCACCUGGGGAGGCACUACUGGUUCAUGGGGGUUCUAGUGGAAUUGGUACAUUCGCAAUUCAGAUAGCUAAAAGCCAAGGAGUGAAAGUGUUUGUGACAGCAGGCAGUGAGGAUAAGUUAGCUUUUUGCAAGGGUCUUGGUGCUGAUGUGUGCAUCAAUUACAAGACAGAGGACUUUGUUGCUCGAGUGAAGGAUGAAACUGGUGGGAAAGGUGUUGAUGUAAUUUUAGAUAGUAUGGGAGCAUCCUACUUCCAGCGUAACUUGGAUAGCUUGAAUAUCGAUGGGAGGCUUUUUAUUAUUGGCACCCAAGGUGGUGCAAAAACCGAACUAGAUAUCCGUUCUUUGUUUGCAAAGCGCCUCACUGUGCAAGCGGCUGGCUUGCGAACCAGAACUUUAGAAAACAAAGCAGAAAUUGUCUCCGAGGUGGAGAAGAAUGUUUGGCCUCCAAUCAUGGCGGGCAAGGUGAAGCCUGUGAUCUACAAGUCAUUUCCAUUAUCUCAAGCAGCAGAGGCUCACCAGCUCAUGGAAAGCAGUAACCAUAUCGGGAAGAUACUGCUUGUUCCAUGAAUAAAACCAAUCCUUUAGAUCAUUAUAUUCUUCCCAGGAUGUUCAAAUACUUUGGUGAGAAUUUCAUAUGGAUAUAUAAUUGGUCAAAGUUGAGUUCUUGUAUGAAUAAUGUCGAGAGACACUGUAAGAUUUGUGGAAUUGCUUGAUUUACAUAUGGACAUGGAAGAAGACCGCUCUGAUUGAUUGAUAUUUGGUGUAAAGCACGAACUAGACCCAUGAAAAGGGAUGAAACGCAUUUUGAGAUGAUAAUAAACUGUUUACUUCUGAGUGGUUUCUAUUUUUCCA